GGGGUGGAGGGAGCAAAAUGGCGGCGGCCGCAGGGACCGAGUGAUGGCGGUGGUUGGGUGGUGCCGCGCCGGGUGCUGACGGGCUCCGGCUUCUUCCGCGGCCGCCGGGCAGGGCCCGUCCCGCCUCACCCCGCCUGUCCAGGCCGGGCCGGCGCCGCGGCCUCCGGUUCGCGCCCAGCCCAGCCGCUCCCCCCCCGCUGCCUCGGUCCCCCCCGAGCCGGUGUGAGCCGCUGAACCCCCGCGGUGUGAAGGCAGAGACCGUCGGGGCGCGCUGGGGUCGGUGCCGGGCUGUAGCCCAAGUCAUGGCAUCUCUCUGAACCGGGGCGGUGAAUAUGCGGUAGCCUGGGGUGAAUUCAGCCGGUGGGGCCGUUGGAGCGUCUCUCGCCUGGACCCCGCGAGGCCUGCGGUGAUGGAGGCGCUGCCCGAGCUCUACGCCAUCUUCCAGGGAGAGGUUGCUACAGUGACAGAAUAUGGGGCAUUUAUAAAAAUCCCAGGCUGCAGGAAACAAGGCCUUGUCCAUAAGACUCACAUGUCCUCCUGCCGUGUGGAUAAACCCUCAGAGAUAGUAGAUGUUGGAGACAAAGUAUGGGUGAAGCUUAUCGGAAAAGAGAUGAAAGAUGACAAACUGAAGCUUUCCCUCUCCAUGAAGGUUGUUAACCAAGGCACAGGAAAAGACCUCGAUCCAAACAAUGUUUCCCUUGAUCAGGAUGAGAGGAAAAAACGCACGUUCAGAGACUACACGAGUCAGAAGAUCACGCUUGAAGCUGUCUUGAACACUGUGUGCAAGAAAUGCGGUUGCAAAGGUCAUUUUGCCAAGGAGUGUUUCAUGCAGCCUGGAGGUACCAAAUAUAGCCUCAUUCCAGAAGAGGAGGAAGAGGAGGUGGCAGCAGCAGGAUAUGAAAGAGAUAAAAAGACCAGCAUGGUUGAUGAGCCUCCAAAAAAAAGGAAAAAGGAGAAGAAGAAGAAAAAGAAGCACAAGAAUAAGCAGUCCUCCGAGUCAGACUCAGACAGCUCAGACUCAGACAGCGAUGGGGCUCAGCCAGCCAGCAAGAGGACCAAGCAUUCAGGGAAGCCCAGCAAGGCUCAGAAGAAGAAGAAGAAAAAGAAGCAUAAGAAGAAGCCCCGGGAUUGAGCAGGCAGGCGUACUGGCAUUGUGAGUCCCUGGUGCACACCAUGAGGAGCGAGCAGAACUGAAUCAGCGCACCCCUUGCUCCAGGGACAAGGAGUUUCGUUCUCCUAAAAGUAACGCUCCGUGUGCGGUGUUACAGGUGUUGACUUUGAUACAAGUUGUCCUCUGUUACUUUAGGCGCGAGCUGCCGUUUUCUCCCACCAGUAGGCACUCCUGCCAAAAUAGGCUAAUUGCACCCCUUCGUCGGCACCUCUCCCAUCCUGUAGCCUCAUCGUUUCGCUGGGUGAGCUGCCAGCGCUCGGCGGCUCCCCUGGACAGUGCGGCCAGCUGCACCGAGCCUGCAUGACAUCAGCCCCAAUCCAGUUGCCUGUAAAAGGUGGAGCCGCGCAGCUGUGCUUUCCCUGCCUGUCCCGGCACCGUGCUCGGGAACAGAGGUGGUUGUUGCUGGGACCUGUGAUGGGGCUAUGUCCUCCCAGCCGGUAACAGUGUGGAGCUGCUUGGCUUUGGUCUGCAAACCUUCCCCCAGCCUCACUCAUUUCAUCUGCAAACAUUGGGAGUGAAAGAGUAAGAAGCAAAUGGAGGAGUGGAGGUAUUUUAAGUAAACAUUAACUGUGGUGUGUUUGCCGCCUUGCGAAGUGAUGAAAAAUAAAUCUCUCCAAUCUCCA